UGCAUCGCGCGCGAACUACGUGGUCCAACGCCAACGAAUGUUCUUUUCUAUAGACCGCCAACCUCCGAACGAACGAAUCAGUUUUGCCAAGUGCACCUGCUCGCGACUCACUCGCGAUGGUAGUGACGGUGGUGAUCGAGUGUAACUGAUAAUCCAUCGCAGUGAUAAAUUUGACAGAUCGAGAAUGGCGCCGCCCGACAGGUUCAGGUCGAGUUACCAGCCAAAGCAACCCGGCUCCGGCCUCAGCCACUCCGUUAUGGAUUUGGCACAUAUACGCGCGCUAGUGGAAUCAACAGGUGCAAUAAACGGUGGUUCAUCGUGUCCAUCGUGCGAGAUGCCAUUUGAUAAGGGCAAAAAGCGCAGACUGAUAGACUCGUGCGGCCACGAGAGAUGCUACUCGUGCUUGUUUCGCAGCGAGGCAUGUCCGCUCUGCGCUCAGGAGGCCCGUCGCCACCUCGACAACGAGUUCGACGAGGACGACGACGCGCCCGACUGCCGGCCGAAUUUCCGUGACGGCCACUACUUCAAUGCCAGCCAGUGCCUCGACUGGCUCGAGAGCUCGUCCACCGUCAACUCGCUUUGCGGUAGCCCCAGACCAAGACUCAAGUUCAACGGCAGUAGGACAGUCGUACAAAAGUCGCAGGAAUCGAACGAUGUCGCCAAAUGUCCAAAAGGAAAACCACCUAUACUGCCUGAAUCCGCACUUUCACGCCAGAAAGCUCAGGCAAUGGUCAAAAGUUGUUCAACACCACCCACGCAGCGUCGGAGGUUCUUCUUAAAUGCCAAAGCUUUGAGGAGUCCCUUUGCGUCGAGACAGUCAAAGCGCGAGACACAAGCGCCAGAACAAAAUACGUCGGACAAUCCCUCGGCAAUAUCGGCUUGGAUGACCACUUCCUGGGAAGGAAAGUCACAGUGGCCGGGCGCUGUACUUGGCAAGAUCCGAUCGCUCUGGAGCAAUAGCCAGGGAUCGGCCAACGACGGUCUCAAUCAACUCAUCGAUUCGUCCAAUAAACUGCCAGACGACGAGGGUGUCCCCGUGAAAACGCUAACCGAAGGUGCGUUGCCCGCGAAGAGCAGCGGUCGUAAGUCCGGUAGCUCCGAUCUGUACAUGCGUUUGGGUCUGUUGCUCGGCCAGCAACGUGCCUCAUCUUCGGGUAACGUGAUCAACGAUUUGCCGAUUGCCUCAAGACCAGCCUCUACACAGCCUCAGCAAGAUGCAACAGCCGCGUCUGUCUGCAGUUUGGCUAGCCUCGAGGCCAGGACUCACGCAUCGAGUAAUACCAGCCCAGUGUCUACCCUUACCGGCACUUCCAGCGAGGCUGAGAUCGCAGCUGCUGCGAUCCGCAGUCCGCUCAAGUCCAAAGGCAAAGGUAAAGGAAAAAAAUCGAGGGACUGCGACAGUGCUGGCAGCUUGGCGUCCAUCUCGACUUCGGCCUCUACGUCCAUGUCGAUGUCAAUGUCGGUCUCGGUAUCGGGACUGUCGAAUGGCAGUUCGAGUCCCAUGACCUCCAGGAGACAUUCCGUCACAACCUCGCAACCGGGCCAAAUUGACGACGCUUUCAAGAGUCGUCGCACCUGCCUCAGGCGAUCCGCCAGGACCUCCAAUUACAAAGGAUCUCUUGCAGACUCGAAAAUUCGGUUGAUGCAGCAGCACAUACAGCUAACGUUGAAGCCGCUGUUCUUCGAGGUGCCAUUGCUCGAAAGCGAUCCUCUGUUUACCGGACGCCAUUGGUUGCUGCAAGAAUUGAAAAACCUGAUCGAAGGUUCAAGUCCAGGCGCGUUGAUUUCUGGUUCGCCAGGCACAGGUAAAACUGCUCUUGUACUUCAGCUUGUCGACCAUAGCUGCUUCGGUCGCAAGCGGCCUUCUCAACACGACGCCGAUGAAGAACGACCAGAGAGUUCAUUGACUUUCAGCUCGUCCCAUAUUAACGUGCAGCAGUCUAAUGACAAGAUUCGCGAACUAGCGUCGCACGUAGUUGCAUAUCACUUUUGCCAAGCCGACAACAACAGCACGUGUCUUGUUCCCGAUCUCAUCCAUUCCCUAGCAGCCCAACUAUGUCAAGCACCUCAGCUCUCCUCAUACCGCGAAUACUUACUCUCCGAGCCCCACAUGCAAGGAUCUCUGUCGGAAAAAGAAUGUACCGUCGAUCCCGAUCUUGCCCUUCACCGAGGUAUUAUUGAGCCUCUAUUUAGUCUUCGUAAAGCUGGACGACUGCCCGAGACCAACAUGGUAAUAUUGAUCGACGCUGUAUGCGAAGCUGAAUACCAUAGACCCGAUCGAGGCGACACGAUAGCCUCCUUCCUCACUCGACACGCGCCAAGUUUCCCUAGUUGGUUGAAGCUCGUGGUGACGGUACGUAGCCAGCUGUACGAGUGCACCAAACAGUUGCCCUAUACGAGGAUAUGCCUCGACAAGAACGCCAACGAGGCAGCUGGCGUCAAUGUCACCAAAGACCUAGCUGACUACAUUGGCUAUAGGCUGACUCAGAGCCCUGUGAUUCAAGCAAACGUCACGGCGGUGGUCAAUGGUAAAGCCGAGACGUUGGGCUCUGCAAACCAGACUAGAUUCGCUACGCAUCUUUUGUCCCUCGCCAACGGCAGCUUUCUCUUUGCCAAACUCACGCUCGAUCUACUCGAAAGUGGACAUUUAGUUGCCAAAUCUGCCAGUUACAAGGUCUUGCCCGUAUCUCUUGCGCAAAUCUAUUUACUGCAUUUUAAUCUGAGGUUUCCAACGGCAACAUCCUUCGAUAAAGUUCAACCAAUACUCGGAGUAUGUCUUGCAGCGCUCUAUCCAUUAACUUUGCCAGAAAUAUUCUAUUCCGCGAAUUCACUGAAUAACGGCAUCGUCGUUUCUUGGGAUGAUUUCUUACAGAGAUUCAAGAUGCUCUCCGGCUUUCUGGUGAAGCGGCUGGACAACACGUACAUGUUCUUUCAUCCAUCGUUCAGGGAAUGGUUGAUGAGGAGAGACGAAGGCGAAUCGACCAAGUUUCUCUGUGAUCUGCGCCUCGGCCACGCUGCGAUAGCGUUUCGCCUGUCCCGUUUGCAAGCUCCGCUGGACGGGGAAAAAGCUCUUGAGCUUGGACAUCAUAUUCUGAAAGCUCAUGUCUAUCGAGGUGCAACAACUGCCUGGCCAUCGCGCGACUUGCAGGCCGCAUGGUUAGCAUCGUCGUCGGAGUGCGUGUCUUCGGCACUUUGCACACUGCGCAACGUAUACAGUCCAAAUGUCAAAGUCUCCCGACUGCUGCUUUUAUCCGGAGCAUCACCGAAUUUCAUCACCGAGUAUCUUGGAAGUGCCCCAGCGCUGUGUAUGUACGCUCAUGAAGGUUCCGCAGAAAUGGUCUCGCUUCUGCUCGAAUUCGGAGCCGAUGUCGAGCUGACGAAUAGUCAAGGUUGCACUGCUCUGACUUUGGCUGCUGCUCGAGGCCACUGUGACGUGGUGCGAAGGUUGGCUGCUGCCGGGGCAUCCUUGGGACACGUAGACAUGGCGGGGCAAUGCGCACUAGUUCACGCUGCGCGUCACGGACAUCUGUCAGUGGUCGGCUACUUGCUAGCCUGCGACUGGACGGCAGCGGCAACCGGAGAUGAAGCGACGAGUGCGUCCUCGCUGGCAAGCGACGUCAGUAGAGAAGAGGCAGCACAGCAAGCAGUGGUAGCCGCGGCAGCGCAGGGAUACGAAUCCGUUGUGGAGUACUUGCUGGACAUGUCCGAAGUUGUCGUUGACAAACCGGAUACUUUGAUGGGCGAGACCGCAUUGACGAUCGCUGCGGCGAACGGCUCCACUGCCACAGUUUCCGCUUUGCUUGCCAGAGGUGCGAAUCCUGCUGUUCACAACGCUAAGGGAUUCUCGGCGCUCAUGCUCGCCGCCAGAGAAGGACACUGGGGUACCGCCGAAAGACUCCUCCAAGGAUCAUUGACGAUGAGUACCGAAGAAGAUCUCGAAACAACGAUGCAUCUACUCAAACAGAAAGACCCAGUCGGACGAUCAGCUUUGUCACUCGCCGCUUCCGAAGGCCAUACGAAUCUGGUGGAUUUAUUACUCGACAAGGAAGCCGCUCUAGAAGAUACAGACAAGGAAGGCAUGACAGCACUUGCCUGGGCUUGUGUCCGUGGCCGACUCAACGCGGCACAGUGUCUCAUUGACCGGGCUGCCGACGUUAAUACUUGCGAUAAGACUGGACGAACGCCUCUGGAUUUAGCCGCGUUUCAGGGUAACCCAAAACUGGUGCAAUUGCUGCUAGAGCGAGGCGCGGCGAUUGAGCACGUCGAUCUGCACGGCAUGCGUCCGUUGGACCGGGCGAUCGGCUGUCGCAACAUUCCGGUGGUGCAGUGCUUUCUGCGCAGGGGAGCGAAACUCGGGCCCGCCACUUGGGCCAUGGCUGCUGGCAAGCCAGACAUUCUUCUAAUUUUGCUGAACAAGUUGCUCGAGGAUGGCAACGUGCUUUACAGGAAGGCUCGUCUCAAGGAGGCAUCUUACAGAUACUCGUACGCGCUCAGGAAAUUCCCCACCACGCCCGAGCUCAGUCAAAUUCCUGAGCACGAGGAUCAGAAUCACAUGAUGGCGCACAUGCAGUCCUUCACUCAGCUCAAGCUCAAUUUCCUCUUGAAUCUCAGCAGAUGCAAGCGCAAGAUGGAGGAAUGCGAAGAGGCGAUUGAGCUUGCGGAUGAAGCUCUGAAAAUCAGGCCGCAUUCGUAUGAAGCGUAUUACGCGCGUGCCAAGGCAAAGCUCGAUUCCAGUCGACUGGACGAGGCGCUUGAUGACAUCGAGCAAGGUUUACAAGUAGCGCCUCCUCAAAAUCGACAGGAUCGUCGCGUUCUCGUGGCGCUUCGCGAUGAAAUUAUUUCAAGCAUCGAAGGUACAGGCAUCGGCAGUAGUAAGCCUGCAUUCGGCAGUUGCAGUUCCAAGACAAUAAUACGCGCAUCUAUCGACACAUUGACUGAAUUAUGAGCGAUUUAUUAUUUUAUCAUAAUGAAUCGGGAGAAUAUUAAGAGUAUGGUGUCGAAUCGCUUAUCUAUUUAUUAUUUGUUCAAGACGGUAGAAUCUUUUAUUACAAAUUUUUAUUACGUUCAACUUUUAAUAAGACAUUUUUCAGUUCCUUCAACGAAUGAAAUAAAGAAGGUACAAGAGCAAAUUUUUAAAUUUGAAAUUUACCAAAAAAUGUAUUUCAUGUUUUUUGGCUUCGACAUUACACCUUUUAUAUUUUGUGAAAUUGUUCAUAAAGAUCCGCUUGAAACUUUGAACAAAAACAUUUCUGAGUAUAUAGUUUGUUAUUUUGAGAAACGUUUAAUGAAAGAAAUGUGCUUCCUGCGCAAAUCUGAAAUGUAAGCUUUUUUUAUGUAAUCUGCAAUUUUAAUAUAAUUUUAAUUUUCGUGCAUUACGUUACGGAUAUUCUCUAAAUGACGGCGAUUAAUUACUAUACUGUUGUUUUAUCUAAAUUAUUUAAUAUCAUGACCAAGAUAUUCUAAAAGAAAAGUAUUACCUACGAUACAAGUGCAUUAACUUGAAAUAUUUCCUAGAAAAAGCUUUAUUUCGCUUUCCUAAGUAUUAUUUCAAAAACGAUUCGUUUUGAGCAGCUCAUUUAUUAUAUUUUUUGUUAUUAAAAAUUUGGUAGAAAAAUUAUGUAAUGAAAAUUUUAAGCGGUCAUAAAUAUUUGAACGAGUCUUGGGCCGUGUACACAGUUCGACUGAGAUUUAGACAAUUUAUAAACAAAGUCUCGUUUAUUAAAUGAUAAUUAUUUAUAAAUGUAUACAAAAUUUGUUCAAUUGUGAAAAGAUUAUUUGUAUUUUAUAUAUUUAUUGAAUUUGAUAUAAUGAUGAGUACUUCAAAAGUAUUUUUUCAUAUUAAAAAAGGCAUUUUAGUUUUCGGAUUUACCAUUUCAAAAUGUGGUGCGUGCGACAGUAAUAUGAAUUUUAUUAAAACAUGAUUCAUUUAGAAGGCAUAAAAAGUAUAUUUUUUUUAGGCACCAGAGUUAACUUGUCUUCCAUCAUUAUCGGGUUAUCCAAGAGAAUUUUAAUUGCAUUUAAAUAUAUGUAUAAAAAUAUUUAUAUAUAUAUAUAUAUAAUUCAACCGAAUGUGCAUGUUAUCUUGCCGAAUACAAAAUGUUAAGUUGUACCAACACGCCGUCGGAAAAUAAAAUAAA